GGAAGAGGGGUAAAAAAAAUAAUAAUAAUAACAAUAAAAUAAAUCUAUAUUUCCAACCGAUUAGAGCUUCACACUACAACAGGCUGCCACAAGAGGGUCGUGCUCCAUAUGUGAGCCGUCCACACUGGCUCCACAGCCUUACUUUGUACACAAUGGAGAUUUGAAGGAGAGAAAACAGCAAAUAUUUUUUCUUCUGGCGUGAAAUUUGAAUGCACCAUGCAGCAUCCAAGGGCAUGGCGCGCUGUGCUGCUCCUCACCAUCAUGUUUCACGCAGGGCAGUCGGAGAGAUACGGCUGCCUGUUUGAGAGAAAACUGUGCUUCAGGGAUCAGUUUUGCUCCAAUGAUGGGCUCUUUGGUCAGUGUCACAGUUCGAAGCAGGACCGGGUCCAGUACCAAGUGACAGUUCCUGUACUGAAAAGAAUGCAAGAAGUCCUUAAACAGCUCAUGCUACAAGGUCUUUCCUGGCAGGAUGACCUCACCCAGUAUAUUUUAUCUAAGGAACUGAAGAGAGUUCCUCAUGUCACCCAGUCAUCCAAACCAAAUUCUUCUUCAUAUUCUCCGUCCAAACAGCACAUCUCCAAGUCAGGAUCUGCAGCACCUGCCGGCAACUACGUGGACUACGCUGAUCCUGCUCAGUCACCAAUAUCGAUGCAGGCAGCCUACUUCAACCCUUACACAUACCAGCAGCACAGGCACCAAGAUGAAGCAGAAAGCGGACUCAUUGGAGGAGGAGGCUACGCCCGUCCUUCCGUGUGGUCGAAGGCAAAUCAGAGAGAGCGAGAACGGGACAGGCAGCUCCUCCAGCAGGCAUUGUCCACGUAUUUGGCAUCUGCACCAUCUUAUCGCCAUCGUGGGCCAGCAUCCUUGGCUUCUGCAAGCCUGCCUUACUAUGAUGACUUGCAAAUGGAGAUACCAGUAGACUAUGCAGAGGAUUACACCCUGGAGGAGAGACUUGGAUCUACUAACAGGCAACCGCCGCUCCAAAAUAAAUUCUCUCAAGUUGCCAGGACUCCGUCAGGAAACAAUGAUGGCUUGCUUCAGAAAAUGUCAGGGGUCUUACAAAGGUAUGGAGUUGAGCCUAAAGAACUCAGCCAGGAGCAGCUCUAUAAACUAGCCCUCAUACUGCAGCUUUUGCAGGCCCAAGACAAGACACAAGAUCCCGAUGAGAAGGACCUCGUCACUCUAAAGGAGAUGCAACUGUUAAAAACAGACAGCAUGUCAAGGAAACCAGAGAAGCUUGUUUCUGUCCCCAUUGCACCUGAUGCCCCUCAGGCCCCCCUACCAGUGUCAGCUGUAACCAUGCCUACAACAAAGAGCAUAGGGCCCCCUCUGUCUGCCUCUCACACACCAUUGGUUGUUCCUGAAGAAGGGGCAGGUUUGAAGGGGGAGGGAAUUCCACAGGUUGAGGCUGUAGGGGAUAAGGAAGAGUAUGGCUACAUUGUCACCAACCACAGCUCUCUGAGUUUGUAUGAUGGGGUGAAGCUUCUGGAACUACUGGCUGAGAAAAUACAUUUGACAACCAGCAGCUUCAUCAAUCUAAGUGUGGUAGGACCAGCACUGACGUUUCGUAUCCGCCAGAAUGAGCUCAAUAUGACAGCUGCAGAGGUGGCGGCCAAAGCUGUGUCUGAAAAGAACUAUUUGGAGUCUGAGACAAGCCUGAAGAUUUUACAGACUGGUGUGGGAGAGAGGACAAACACGCAGGGUUUCCCUCAAUUAGCCAGGGCUUCGGCUUCCCAGAGCUCCAGUGGGACGGUCAUCACGCUAGUUUCCAUGGCAGUGGUAGGAGGAGUGUUGAUACUGGCUGUGGUCAUCGCUUCCCUCAAGCACUAUGCUCACCAAGUGGCCAAUGGUAAACUUGGUCUCGGGCCGGAGGGAGGGGCCGAAACACACUUCGAUUAUCAGGAGCUAUGUCGACAGCACAUGGCGUCCAAAUCAUCUCUGUGCCGCCAGGACUGCGUGGGUGCAGCAGGGGGUGGUGUAGCAGGUUCUGCCACAAGUGCCAGUGGGCGACGGGGAACGGACACAUCACGCGUGAGCAGCGUUUCCUCCCAAUUCAGCGAUGGCCCACAGCACAGCCCUUCCUCCACCCAUAGCUCUACUCCAUCCUGGAGUGAGGAGCCUGCCCAGUCAAAUAUGGACAUCUCCACGGGUCACCUUAUUCUGGCCUAUAUGGAGGACCACCUUCGUAACAAGGACCGCCUGCAGAAGGAGUGGGAAGCGCUGUGCUCCUACCAAGCUGACCCCUGUUCAGUGGCUGCAGCUCAAACUCCCAGCAAUAUGGCCAAAAACAGACAAGCUGAAUCGCUUCCAUAUGAUCACUCACGUGUGAAGCUGAAAAGGGAGCUGAACCACAGAAAACAGGAUUACAUAAAUGCCAGUUUUAUUUUUGAUCACGACCCUCGCCAGCCAGCGUAUAUCGCCACUCAGGGACCUCUGCCUCAAACCGUGGCAGAUUUUUGGCAGAUGGUUUGGGAGAACGGCUGCACGGUGAUUGUGAUGAUGUCUGCUCUGGCGGAAGAUGGACAGAAACAGAGUGAGAGAUACUGGCCUGAUGAGGGUUCAUCCCUCUACCACAUCUAUGAAGUGAACCUGGUGUCAGAGCAUAUCUGGUGCAAGGACUUCCUGGUGCGUAGCUUCUACCUGAAGAAUGUCCAAACACAAGAGACAAGAACCCUAACGCAGUUUCAUCUACUGAGCUGGCCAGCUGAUGGGAUCCCCACCUCUACACGGCCCUUGCUUGACUUCCGCAGGAAGGUGAAUAAAUGCUACAGAGGUCGCUCCUGUCCAAUUAUUGUUCACUGCAGUGAUGGGACUGGCAGGACCGGAACAUACAUCCUCAUUGACAUGGUGCUGAACCGCAUGGCCAAAGGAGUCAAGGAAAUUGACAUUGCUGCGACACUGGAACACAUCAGAGAUCAGAGACCUGGCUUAGUCAGCACCAAGGAUCAGUUUGAAUUUGCACUGACAGCUGUUGCUGAGGAGGUGAAUGCCAUCUUGAAAGCCUUGCCACAGUAAACAGUAGCACCGACUGACUCAACAUCACCAACCCAAAAAUAUUGGAUUAUCUGCCAGCAGAUUCCUUGAACGAAGCAGUAACGUAUCCCAGUACGAAAGACCCUCAAUCAUUAUUUAAUAAUAAAACCUCUUAAUUGCAUAUCUUUUUUAAACAUCUUUCCCAUAUGUAAAUAUUUUAAAAAUAUGGACAGAAGAGUACGUGCAUAUACAGUGCCUGUGCAAUUUCUGAAUUUCUGUGGACCAGAAUACUGUAUGCCACUGUCUUAUGUGUCAAUUUUACUUUUCUUUAAAUGAGGCUUGCCUUUGCUUUUAAAAACGAUUGUCUACAUUCAUGUCUUACUGUAACAGAUGACAGUGCACAUUAGUGUUUCUGUAGUUCACUCUCAGUGUAAACUGUUGUAUUUCUGUGCUGCUGUGACUAAUGUAAAUAAUUCCCAAUGAUGAUUGUAUUUAUUUCAUGUAGCAAACAGAUAAAAUGUCUAUAAAAAUGUAUUUUUGACUGAAUAAAUUAGUGAUGUGAUGCAGCAAAAAACACA